UGCUUUUCGCUCCGUGCCUCGCGGCUCUGAGCAGGGCUGGGCCGCUCCUUUCUUAUUCCGAGCCGGCUGCGGCUGGGGGACUCCCACUGUCUGGCUGAGAUUCGCCCGGCCCCGCGGCCUGAGCCGAGCGGGCUGCGUCCAGCUGCGCCUCCCUGGCCCUGCCAACAGGCAGCCUCGGCGUGGCAGCUGGGCUCUGCACCUGCUCCGCAGGGCGGUGGGGCACGGUGCCUGCUCUUCGCCCGGCCGGCUGCAGCGGGAGCCCCCCCGGGAGAAGAAACGGGGCCCUAAGUCCUGGAUGGGGUGGAGAAGGCAAACCGCCCUCCCCAUCCCACUCCCUCUGGGAGCUCAGCCUGCAGGCAGCGAGGGGUGCGAAAAGCGCCCCAAGUGCCCCCCACUUCCCUUCUUGGGGAGACUUUCCCCGGGGAAGGGGGGGUGAAAUAGAUCGACACCCCCCCUCCCCUUUCUUGGCUUCUCUCCUCCUCCCCCGCCUGCCGCACUGGGGAAGGGGCUGGGCCGGGAAGCGCCCCUGCGGCGGGGCGGUGGAUGGACUGAAAGCGAGAGGAGCAUCCCCCCGCCCCCGCCCCUGCAGGGGGCUCGGCUAGCCCCGGCUCGCGGGCUUCAGCGCAGCUCGCCCCAGGCCGCCUCCGGUUAGGGCGCCCGGAGGAGGCGAUAGGGGAGCUGGGACCCUGCAGGCCCCUGGCGGAGCGAGCGGGACACGUGCCCGGCUGCCGGGCGAGCAGCCCCUGUCUUGGGACGGGCGCCUGGGAAUCACGCCCGAGGCGCUUUUGGUUCCGUAGUGCCCAGUCUGCAGCAGGAAACACCCUGCAAUCUAAUGCCCCCCCCGCGGGUGCAGAUUUAAACACACAAAUCCCCACCCUGGCAGGCUCCCGCUCGCCUCGCGGAUGGGAAAUCGCCUGCCCUUUGGCGCGGCGACUGGGAAUCACCCCUUCUCUCCGCUCCGCUGGGCUGAGCUCAGAGGAAGGAGGGAGGGGGAAGGGUUUCACUUCCGCCUGCUUGCAGGAACCACAAGCCCCCAGAAUAUAUUAUAAUAAUAAUCUAGAUAAUUUUUUUUUUUGAAAAUAAAGAAUCCCACCGGCCCGAGCAAUGUGGAGCAGAUGAGCCCUCAGAGAUCCUGCAACGCCUCAAGAGAGAGCCGGCAAAGAAGCUGGAGCAUCCCUGAGGAAGCGUCUGGGCUGCUCGCCUCCUCCUGCCAAGCGGCGACGGGCAAAGCCAGGGAGAGGAAACGCUCCCUCCCCAGCACAGAAAAGGCGAGAGAGAAGGAGGCUGUGAGGGCUGCUGAAGAUGUCCGAUAGUCUGGAUAUUGAAGAGAAACCUCCAGCCCCUCCGUUGAGAAUGAACAGCAACAACCGUGAUUCUUCAGCACUGAACCACAGCACCAAACCGCUCCCCAUGGCCCCAGAAGAGAAGAACAAGAAGGCCAGGCUGCGCUCCAUCUUCCCAGGAGGAGGGGAUAAAACCAAUAAGAAGAAAGAGAAAGAGCGUCCUGAGAUCUCUCUUCCUUCAGAUUUUGAACAUACGAUUCAUGUGGGGUUUGAUGCAGUCACCGGGGAAUUCACUGGAAUUCCAGAGCAGUGGGCCAGGCUGUUACAGACCUCCAAUAUAACAAAACUAGAGCAAAAGAAGAAUCCACAAGCUGUUUUAGAUGUUCUCAAAUUCUACGAUUCCAAAGAGACAGUUAACAACCAGAAAUACAUGAGCUUUACUUCAGGAGAUAAGAGCGCCCACGGAUACAUAGCAGCCCAUCCUUCGAGCACAAAAACUGCAUCAGAACCCCCUUUAGCUCCCCCAGUUUCAGAAGAAGAGGAUGAAGAUGAUGAAGAAGAAGAAGAUGACAAUGAACCUCCACCUGUUAUUGCACCACGACCUGAGCAUACAAAAUCAAUCUACACUCGGUCUGUAAUUGAACCUGUUGCUGCACCAGCACUAGUUAAAGAGGCUUUGACCCCUCAGCCUGAGAACUCAAACACAAACACUUUGUACAGAAACACGGACCGGCAACGAAAAAAAUCCAAGAUGACAGAUGAAGAGAUCCUAGAGAAAUUGAGAAGCAUUGUGAGUGUUGGUGACCCUAAGAAGAAAUAUACACGAUUUGAAAAAAUUGGUCAAGGGGCAUCGGGUACUGUUUAUACAGCAAUAGACAUUGCCACAGGACAAGAGGUGGCCAUAAAGCAAAUGAAUCUCCAGCAGCAGCCUAAAAAGGAACUAAUUAUUAAUGAAAUCCUGGUCAUGAGGGAAAAUAAGAACUCUAAUAUUGUAAACUAUUUAGACAGCUACCUGGUAGGUGAUGAACUUUGGGUAGUUAUGGAAUACUUGGCAGGGGGCUCUUUAACGGACGUUGUCACAGAGACCUGUAUGGAUGAAGGACAGAUAGCAGCUGUCUGUAGGGAGUGCCUGCAAGCGCUGGACUUCUUGCAUUCAAACCAAGUGAUCCAUAGAGACAUCAAGAGUGACAACAUUCUUCUCGGGAUGGAUGGAUCUGUCAAAUUGACUGAUUUUGGGUUUUGUGCUCAGAUCACACCUGAGCAGAGCAAACGGAGCACAAUGGUGGGGACUCCCUACUGGAUGGCACCUGAAGUAGUGACAAGGAAAGCAUAUGGCCCCAAAGUUGACAUCUGGUCAUUAGGGAUCAUGGCAAUAGAAAUGGUGGAAGGAGAACCCCCGUACCUUAAUGAAAAUCCUCUCAGGGCUUUGUAUCUGAUAGCUACUAAUGGAACCCCAGAACUUCAAAAUCCUGAGAGACUCUCUGCUGUGUUCCGAGACUUUCUGAACCGCUGUCUGGAGAUGGACGUAGACAGACGAGGGUCUGCCAAGGAGCUUUUGCAGCAUCCAUUUUUGAAAUUAGCCAAGCCUCUCUCCAGCCUGACUCCUCUCAUCAUUGCAGCAAAGGAAGCAAUUAAGAACAGCAGCCGCUAGCAUUGUGGGCUGGCUUUACCCCAGGCCAGCUCCCUCCAGAGCAGGACUGAACAAAACUCUGUAAAACCUCAAUUCUUGUGCUGCAGGACAGGCAGACAUAAGGACAAACAAACAGUCACAGUCAUGAUGGAGGCCAGCUGUUUUCCAGCUCUUCGAGGACUAGAAACCUAUCACGUGUCUUCUUCCUGCUCUCUGAUUUCUUGAUUUAUUUCUCAGAUGAAACAGGGCCCAAAACCGAGCUGCCAGGCCAGAAAUCGCCUUGUUGUCUCAACCAUCUCCAAGGUCAAACAAACUCAGUAGCGAGACUCCCAGUGACCAUCCUAUGCAUUUCACUUUUAAAUGAUUGGUUGGUUCUUAAAGAUUCACAGUCACUUUUCUGAGUUUUUUGAUUUGGUUUGGAAUGGAAGAAGGGUCCUCCUGCAUUGAGAAACCUCCUCCAGGCCGAGUUGUCUUUUGAAUACAACCCAUUCGCUAGUAUUUGCCCAUUCAUGGUACUGUUAGAUGAGAAGGAUGAAAGUGAAGGUGCUUUUCCAACCAAAAAUAAAUCGCCCGCCGAGCAGGAAUCGCAUCCUGCUGAGAUAUACCCUUUUAGCCAUGAACAUCCAGAGUUUGGGUCCUUCACAGCACAAUGUGUGCAAUUAACAAUGGCACUUUUGCCUUGGUGAGGUUCUUGUAAACUGAAAAGUGGAACGGGCAGCAAGUUUGUUCAGAAAGGACUCGUCUGAUAUAAAGCUGUAAUAAAAAUGGCAGCCCAGUCUUACUAGGUGCUGAAUCUCUCCUCCAAAGUGCUCAGCACACAACUUCCCCGGCAGUGAGCUGGAAGGGCACUCCCCUGAAGGGAACUGAGGACGCUCAGCCCCUUUGCAGACGGGAGGCACUCAGUGCCCUGUGGGAUUACACCAGCUGUUCAUAGCAUGAGACCCUAACCAACAGUAGGCUAAAAUCUGCUAUCAGCUGCCUCCACGCCAAUGCAGCCCUAUUUAUACUUGGGUUUGCACCGAAGUAAUGGAGGGGCAGAAUUCAGCCUAGCGAUUCUGUGAACUGAGUUUGCCCAUCCUCUUGGCCGGGUUGUGACUGCUGAAAAGGGACAGGUAGCGUCUGUAAAAUUCCCAAUCAAUUAGGGAGCCCAGUGCUCUAAACUGUUACUCCAGUGAGUGCCCCUUAGUCAUGUGAAUAAUCCUAUUGAACAUGUUGGGGCUACUCAAGUGAGUAGGAGUUUGCACGAUUUCAUUCUGCAUGAGCUCUCUGCCAAUCCAACAAAAGAGGGAGGAGAAAAUGUAUUUAAACUAGAGGUUUUGUAGUGCCAGUUGAAGGGAGGGAAAGGGAAAUGCAGAAUAGCGUACAUAAAUACUCUUAGGCCAUAAACUGGGUCAGCAUUUGACUCUCCCCUCAAUGCAUGCACCAAACUCGCCUUAAUGCUAGUAUGUGUAUAUCGAGGGGAGAAUAAUUGCUGGAAAUGACUGAGGAUUGUACUGGCUAGUAAAUUUAUUUGUAAAGGAGCAGAAUAGUAUAACUAAACAAUUUGUAUUAUGUGAAGAGGACAGACCUGGUUGGCUUUCACUUCGCAAAAUAACGUGUAUGGAAUAUUUGCUGCUGGAUUUUAGGGUUAAGACUGCAUUUAAAAAUCAAAGCCCUUUGAAACAACAGUAGGAUAUGGGGUAUUGGCAGUGGGGAGCCUGCCUCUGUAAAAAUAAUAAUAAACCCUCGAAUGUAGCUCAAGGUGACUUCACAUUUAGUUUCUGAUACUUCAAGGAGCUGAGCGUUCCUCAGAGGUGCUAAGCAUCCUCAACUCGUAGUUAGUAAGAGUUAAGGGUGCUCAGCCCUUUCCUGGAUUAGGCCUUGAGCCUUUGUUUGGCUUUGGAUUUUAGUCAGAUCUUUGGGUUGUGAUUUUCAUUAAUAUUGCCAACUGGCUGGCCUUCAUUAUUUGUCCACCUCAGUUUCUGUGGGGCUUGACUGAGGCAGUGUUUGUUAGUUUACCAUACUCAGCUGUUAAUUAACUUUCACCCGUCUCCUGGGAUGCAGAACAAGUUUUUGCUUUUGUUUUAUGCCCAAAUAAGUAAAGAUCCUUCUUCUGCAGUGGGGUCAUUUUUGUCUUUGUCAACUCAGGUUAGACAUCUAGGGGAUGGGAGUUUAGGCUUCUUUGAAAAUCCAGUGAUUCAAACUCAUGAAGGCCCAACCUUAUUUUGUAAAGCAUCAGUCGGAAUGAAAUGAAUUUAAAUUCCACACAAGAAGUAAAAGGGCAAGUGACAGUUUCUAUUUCCAGGGUAGCUUUUUCUUUUCUUUGUAUCUACAAAGCUGUGGACAUCCGUCCCUUGAAAGGAAAGCACUUUCUGUGGAGCAUUUCUGGUGGACAUCCAGGACAAAUCUUUUUUGGGGGAGGUUAUGCUAUUCGAUUUGCUGAGUUUUUUCCCUAGUUGUUUUUUUCAGCUAUAAAUAUUUUGCCUUUUUAUCCCAGCUCCAUCCUUCAAAGAAAAAAUUUAAAAAGGUAUAAUCAAAGAUAUACACUUCAGAACGGUUUGUGCUCCAGUGUGUGAAAUAUUGUAGACACUGGCUUUUUAAAUGCAACUGCUUUAAUAAGAGGCCUUAAUUUUUAUUUUAUUUUUAUUGUAAAAAUAUUUUAUUUUGCAGCAGCAAAUCCAGAGAUUUUACUUUUUAAAAAAAUUCCAAGCAUGCUGACAAGAUUCAAUAGAAAUCCAGUUCCUGCCAGUGAUUGCAACCAGCGCACAAGAUAUAAUUGCCCAGCUGAGUACUCUGUAAAAGGGACCAAUUACUUUAUGUCCCUUUUUAUAAGGGACUAGUAGCAUUCCUAAAGCUCUUCGCUGGGGAGAUUCUGUGGCACUAAAUGCUACAAGGCAGUGGAUGCAGAAAGAUAGGAGCUGCUUUUAUGUCCUCCUGAAUUUGGAGGCAGACUUGGAAGUGGAAAACAAUCCUGAAAGAGACAGGCCUUGUGUGUGAAUUAUGGAAUUGAAAAAUAGCACAUCAGGAUAGGCAUUGCCUUUGCAGAACAAAAAAGAUAUAAACAAUCAGAUAAGUCUCUGGUACCAUCUCGUUUUUUGAGAGCCAUCCCUGGUUUAGGCAAUUAUUUAUAUAUAUUUUAAGGAGUAUUAGAGAUAAGCUAAAAGAAAAGGAGUACUUGUGGCACCUUAGAGACUAACAAAUUUAUUUGAGCAUAAGCUUUCGUGAGCUACAGCUCACUUCAUCGGAUGCAUUGAAGUGAGCUGUAGCUCACGAAAGCUUAUGCUCAGAUAGAUUGGUUAGUCUCUAAGGUGCCACGAGUCCUCCUUUUCUUUUUGCGAAUACAGACUAACACGGCUGCUACUCUGAAACUAGAGAUAAGCUGUUCCUCCUGCCAAAAGCAUAUAUAAAGAUAAACGUACUGUACAUGUUUCAGACACUUUCAUUCCAGGUAUUAAUAGACCGGUUAAUUUCCUUUUUCUAUUUCAUUUUUAAAUUCAUAAUACAGUAAAGAACUUCCCGAUCUCAAAUGUUGUUCCAAUCCCCUAUAAUAUUGAGGUGUGAAAAUGGCCGUUAGCUCACCAUGGUUCCGAAAGGUCCUAGGACAGGAGCAAGAAAGCAGUAAAAUCAGGGAAGCUUGAGAAGCACAGUACAGAUUAUUUAUUUAAGAAAAUGGAAAAGGAAAAAAAAAAGCCUUACAUGUAACAGGGCUUCUGCAUGCAUUCACAGGAGCCAGAGAGGAAUUGCUGGAUCUUACAGUGCUCUCAGGUUUUGGUCACAGUAUCGGGCAACGGUUGUGUUAUCACCUGUUGUGUCUUUCUGCUUUUGUAAAUAUGUAUGUGUCUGUUUUCCAUCAGUGGCUACUGGUUGGCCAAAUCUCACUGUACACAGAUGAACUCAGUUAUUUAUUUAUUCUGUUGUUGUUGUUGUUGUUGAGGUUUCUUUGAGGCUAGUGAGAGCACCUCAACAUUAUAGUUCCUAUCAGCCAGUCUCCCCAGUUUCCGCCCCCAGCACGUUCCAGUCACUAAAGAAGGGAAAUAUGAAAUCAUAUCCAGUUGCUUAUGUAGUUGUUACUUCCAAUAUGGAGUCAUGGUUUUGGCUACAUAAGGAAUACUCAAUACUGUACAUUAAGCAUGUAAAUAAAUAUAUUUCUUUGCUCAGCGGGUUUGCAUACGAAUUGGUUGACAAGCCAGAGAGAUUCCAUAAAAUCUACCAACGAAGGCAGGAGGAAAUGUUGCUUUGCUUGAAACACCAGGGCAUGCACAGCAAAGCUAGAUUAGCCUUUAUGAGAUGUAUAAAAGACUGCUAGUUUGCAUGUUUCCCCAAUGGAGUAUCAUUCAUUCACACUCAGUAAUUUAAAGAUGGGUGGUGGGGGGAAGUGACUAAGGCCCAGAAGCAAAGCCUCCAGCUUUCAAGAUAGUUAUUCUCUUGGACAGGGAAAGUAUCUUCAUUUUUAAUCCAUAUUUUUCAGGACCAGGGAAAGGACAACCUCUGUGUUUCAAGGACGACCAUUCUGAUACCUUGCUCGGGUUUCUACCAUAGCAUCUGCAUCUUGAGAUCUUCAAGUAUCUUUAAAACACUUCAUUGCUCAUGCCCAUCCUUGAUCUAAAGCGAUAGUUCUCUCUAGGUGAACACUGCGGAAUCUUGCUUACACCUUUUCCUCUGUUUAUCAAUGGUUCAGAGAUGAGCCAGCAUUCUGGGGUUGUGUCACAAACGCAUAAACCCGUGCUUGGAGGGGAAAUCUACAUGUUUUGGCUCAACUCAUGGGUUGUGUGGAUCUUUGGGAACAGCUGCAGUCUCAAAAAGGGUAUGGCAGGGUGGGGGAAAGAAGCUUAUGUUCUCUUCAUUGGUGCCUUCUGGUCAGUCAUCGGUCUGAUUCUGCAAAUACUAUUACUGCUUAGCUAUUCUUCUGAGUACGCACUAAGUUUCAGAAUCUGACCGUGACUUAGGAAAUUGUGGGUAACAUAAGAUAUUAAUGUUAAAGUUGCUUUAAUGAAAAAUGACCUUUUUUACUUUGGGGGCACAGUGGCUUUGCACCUGACAUUUCCCCAAAGGAUUAAAGAUGUCUGCAUUAGCAUCUGUGUGCCAGUUGCAGCUGUCUCCAAGCUAGUGGGGCCCACAUUCAUAGCCACUCAUGCUUAGCGCUCAAUUACUGCGAGACAUGGCCAGAGACACCUGCUUUUACCAGUUGCGUAUUAAAUGGUGUCAAAACAAGUUAGGAAAGAGAGGACUGAAAUCAGGAGCAGUGAGCUGGCAAUCGUUGCAGAUGGAUCUCAGAGGCGUCAAUGCACACUUUCAAAUACGUGUUUGAAUCGCAGACUACAAGUGAGGAAAUACCUAGCAAUUAUCAUUUGUGUGUCUUCCCUUCAUUCUCUUUAGGGACUUGGAACAGCUAGAAGAAUAUUUCCAAAGAGAGAAGCAAAAGGGGGUUAACCCCUGCUGUUAUUGCUCUUCCUAGUCUCUACAUUUUAUUUGGUUGCUUUUACCCUUUCUGCACCCCUCUCUGCUCCUUCCAUCCUCAGUGGCUUCUAACCAAGUAUCAUUAUCCGAGACACAGUGGUCAAACUUCUCAAUUCAUUCCUUUUUUGAUUGCCUGUUUACAGCAGUGUUUUAAAUCGGCAUCCUCAGCCCGGAGACCAAGUCCUUCAUGGGCAUAACCUCCACUAGAUCACUGCCUGCAAUCCCAAGACAUUCCUGAGCCUAAGUCUCCCAGAUAUGACAUGCUGGCCGAAUAUAGUAGGAGACUUAGGGAAUAAUGUUGGCUUGAUUUGUUCUAAACUAAAAUCCUUUUGCUGCUGAAUAUUCUCUGUUUCGUUUGUCCAACCUUACGGUACACUUAGGGAACAGAUAUAGGAUCCAGUUCUGCUCUCAUUGAAAUCAGUAAGAAUUUUGCCAUUGACUUCAAUGACAGCAGCAGCUGGCCCUUAAUUAGCAGGUGCUGGUAAGGCAGAGCCACCCAAACAGAAUGUCACUUUAUGUGCUGGCUGCUGCGAAGUAUUCCCUGGAGAAGUAGGGAUGUGCAAGAGGGUCAGACCCAGUCUAUUGUUUCGUACAAGGUGCUUUACAUAUAAUCGGUCCAAUGUUGCACUUUUGAGGCAUUCUUUUACAUCCAUGCCUGCUAAGAUUUUGACCUCUGAACUUCCAGCUUACAAACGAAAUGUGUGCACAGUUGCUUUGAAUCUUUAUAUUAGUCUUAGGCUGUGUUAAUAAAUCUGUCUGUUGAACAACAGCAACAAAAGGCUGGUCAACUCUUUGGCUGCAAAUCCCAUAAAUGUCUGGCUGUUUGGACUUGGAGGGUGAGCGAGCUACGGACAUGUCCCAAUCGCAAAGUACUGUACAGACCAGUAGGCCAUGGUGGAAAUAAUAACUAACCUUAUGGGUAGAACUUGCGUCCAGGGGCUAUACCAGGGAGUUAUUCUAGAGCUUGUAUAUGUCUAUUUACACUGCACUGCUUGUGCUGUACGCACAUAUACACAUACCUUCUAGUAAGAUCUGGCAAAAGAAUCCUGCAACCAUUUACUGGCUUGAGUUUUAACCAUCUGUAAACUUCCGGUCAAUCAGAAGCAACUAGUUUACAGCUAUACUAGUGUCUGCUGGGUUUUUCUUCAGGGUACCCAGACAAACGUAAACAGGAGGAUCCUACAUUUUCAUUGUUUAUCAAAAAUGUAUCUCAUUUUGCUGUACAUUCCUUUUUUUAGGACGUGUUUAUCUGUAAAAAAAAAAGUGUGUAGUGGAAUUCUUCUGUAGCUUUGGAUUAAGAGGUACUUACGAUCUUUUUAAGAAGAGAACUAAGUUCUUUACUUUGUAAAUAUGCUGAUGGCAUGGACCCAUUGUACUGACCUCAGCAUCCAUUUUUUUAAAAGAAUUUUUUCUUUCCAACAUUAAGUUAUUUUAAAUUGUGGUUGAAGCAAUAGAAAAUUGAAAUAUGGAUUGUGCAUGACUGUGUCUUGAGUGUAAAAAUAUUGCAGUUUGAAACUUGGACCUAAAGUAUUGCAAAUAAAAGUUAUAAAUACCA